UGAACAGCACAACUGGACUUUGCUGCUCCAUUACAACACUGGAUUUAUAACUUUUCCUUUUGGAUUUAAAUCCUUACACGCCCUGUUUUUUUCUGAUUCUGGAUCAGGUCUCAGGGGUGACAUGGAAACCUGUUAAAACAGCAUGUUGAUCAAAAAGAUUGAAGCCAAGGAGGCCUGUGAUUGGCUGCGAGCGGCCGGCUUCCCGCAGUAUGUGCAAUUAUUUAAAGACUGCAGGUUCCCCAUUGACACUGAGUGGGUGAAGCAUGAUCAUCACUUUCUGGAUAAGGAUGCAGUUGAUUCGCUCUGCAGGAGGUUAAUCACUUUAAACAAAUGCAUGGAAAUGAGGCUGGAGCUGCGGAGAUCAAAACGCAGGGGAGAUGACUCUGAUGAAGAAGACUUCUGCGCCAUCAGCCCCAACUGGACCUACGACAGGCGGACCCGACAAUGGAGGCGACUCAGCUCCACUGUAGAGAUCUUAUCGUCGUCCAGCCCUGCCGGGUCACAGGAUGGCGACCACCAUGACGUCUGCUCCAUCCACAGCUCCAGCAGCACCGAGAGCGAAGGCCACAAUGGCCACCACAAGACUCACAGAGUACCUGAUACCACCUCCACAGCCGUCAACACCAGCACUACGGACGAUCAAGAGACCAGCAGGAGCUCCUCCCGCUGCUCCUCCACAAACAAGACCCCAUCCCUGGACACUUCUUUUAGUGGACCUCCUUCUCCUGUAGGAGGAUCAUCCACCACAAGUCUGGAAGCUGAAAACUGCUUCCCAGACAAACCACCCAGGAAGAAGUGCAGCACUCUGCUGAGAAAGAUGGAAAAGCUCAGGCUGAGGGGGGCAGCUGGCCUCCUUCCUUUGGACCACAGUGGUAGAAUCCAUACUGGGAGUCUGAACCGGCGUGUUAUAAGUGGGCCGUUUCCGGUUCAGGAUGUAGAGAGGAUGCACUGUCCAGCAAGUCUGCAGGCUAGACCUAACAGCCGUUCGUCCUCGACGCCCUCGUCUCCUCACACCAUCAGCAGCAGCAGCAGCAGCAGUAACAGUCACUCGGAGAACAGCAGCACUGUUAGCACACCCAGCCCUGUCAUCCGGGUCAGGAGUAACAGCAAACGCUCCAACAGUGGUGCUGGGGUUGGUGGUGCGGCGACCCGAAACAACCAGAACCACACUGACACCGAGGACUACAGGAACCAGGUGAACAACAACAGCAGCCACGAGAGUCUGGUCUUCCAGAUCCCCCAUGGACACAAGCCGGGUACCUUCCCCGCAUCCCUCGCACACAAACACGCCAUCCUCUCUCCCAUAAUUGACAACACCUCUGUCAACUGGAGGACUGGAAGCUUUCAUGGUUACCGGGGGCGACAGAGCUGCAGACAUGGCACAUCGUCUCUGGCCGGGGGAGACCGGGGUCUGGCAUCGUCAUCUUCCUCUUGUGGUGUGAGCAACUCCGGCCACCUCGCUGGUGUGGAUCACAGACUGAGCAUCUACGACAACCUGCCCGACGACGUCCAGCUGUCGGAAAGUGGAAGCAGCAGCGAUGUGGAACGGAUGGGCGAGGACUCAGAGGUGAGUCGACUGUUGGCAGGUGAGGAUGUUUUCUCUGCUCUGGACAAUGUUCUGGAGCGAAUCAGCGACCUACAACAGCUGGUCACCUCCUGGUCUGAGAAUAUAUCAGAGGAUGACUGUCAGAGAGGCUCCUCCACAUCCUCCUCUUCCUCACCGGCCCACGGCUCCACGGCCGCCUCCCCCUGCCCCUCCUCCCCCAGCCACAUCCACCUUGAGGUACAGCAUCCAGAGGAAGCAGAGAGCUGUGAGAAGGUAUCCGAGGAGCCGGAGACCAGAUCGCCACAAGCCAGGAGCAGCAGGGUGAGCCAGCAGCUGCACUGGUCCAGCGAGCAGAGCCUGUCCUCCCGUCCAGGAGUAGAGAGCCAGUCGGCCUCCCAGAUCCUCCUGCUGCAGAAGCUGUCGCUGCUCAAACUCACCGCUCUGAUGGACAAAUACUCCCCAUCCAGCAAGCAGGGCUGGAACUGGACUGUUCCCAAACCUCCAAGAAAGACCAAUGCGAUUGAGAUGAAAGGACGCCGGGUGUUUGGUGUUCCUCUGCUCCUCAGCGUCCAGCAGACAGGAGAGCCACUUCCUCCGAGCAUCCUCAGAGCCCUGGUUUACCUCAGGACCGAGUGUUUGGACCAGGUGGGUCUUUUCCGGAAAUCAGGGGUGAAGUCUCGUAUACAGUAUCUCCGUGAGCUGGUGGAGUCUGACCCAGACGGAGUUUCGUACGAUGGCCAGUCCGCUUUCGACGUGGCCGACAUGGUGAAGCAGUAUUUCAGAGACCUGCCUGAGCCCAUUUUUACCAGCAAACUCUGCGAGUCAUUUCUCCACAUUUAUCAAUAUUUUCCAAAGGAUCAGCAGCUGCUCGCAGCUCAGGCGGCCAUGUUGUUGCUUCCAGAUGAGAACAGGGAGGCGCUUCGAACUCUGCUCUUCUUCCUCCGGGACGUGGUGGCCUGCGUGGACGAGAACCAGAUGACCCCAACGAACAUCGCCGUCUGCUUGGCGCCGUCUCUCUUCCACCUCAACACCAUAAAGAGAGACGCCAAUGCAGCCAGGUCCAGUCACAGGAAGUACAGCCUGGGUCGUCCAGACCAGCGGGACCUCAGUGAGAACCUAGCCGCCACCCAGGGUCUGGCAAACAUGAUCACCGAGGCCCAGAAGCUUUUCCAGCUUCCAGAGUUCUGGCCCGGUCAGAAUGCCGAGGAGUCCAGAGAAGGCCCAGCUCUCCAGACUCAGGGUGGAAGUGAUGGGGAGCAGGAGGAGAAGAGGAAGAGGCUGCAGCUGAGCACCCAGCAGCUCCUGAAGGAGGCCAGAGAGAAGAGUCCGGGCUGGGAAAGCCACCCAGCUCCAGAGAAUGUGGAGCUGGCCUUCAAGAAGUUGAACGACGGCUGUCCGAUGUGGAUGUGGCGAGGCUCCGUGGAGGUGGACGCUCCGCAGCUGGAGCUGCUCCACCGGCUGCUGAGGGAGCAGCAGAUGUGGGACAAAAGUCUAUGUCAGUCUGCCGUCAUCCAGACCUUGUCCAAGGACACCGAGGUCUACCGCUGUCUCCUCCAGGGCCUGGGCCACAGCCUGGGCUCCCAGCCCCUUCAGGAGCAUCUGCUGCUCAGGACCUGGCAGGCUGAUCCAUCCUCUGGUCCGCUGUAUCUGUCCUCUGUGUCCACGGAGCAUCCUGAUGUGCAGGUGGAGGGCAUCAGAGCCCACAUCCACUCCUGCCUCUACCUGCUGGAGCCCACCGGAGCCAUCAAAACCCGACUGACACACCUGUGUUGGACAGAUACCAGGGGUCGAUCACACGAGUGGCACAGCAAAGUGAGCGGAUAUCUUCUGGCCUCUGGUCUGUUGGCAAUAAGAGACUCUUUCAGAGCAGACUACAAAGAAACAAAGAUAUGAGUCAAAGCUGAGGAAUCACACCAGGGGGCAUCGUCAUUUCCCUGCUUAUUAAGCUUUAAAACUCUUCUUAUAAUUAAUAUUUUUCUUUUAUAAUUGUCAGUGACCUUGCAGCCUGCUUAACACUUGAGCACAGCAAGCUGUGAAAAGACAUUUCAUUUGAAAGAAAGCAGAAAAGUUGAAGCCCAAUUCCUCCUUUUGUCCAUCUCUUGUUUUUUUUUUUUUUGUUUUGUUUUGUUUUUUGUUUUUUUUCCUUUUUCCAUUUCUUUCCCAAAGAAAGAGAAGGAAGCAGGAAGAAUAUGUGGAAGCUGACACAAACACAGGAAACGAGACAGAAAAGUUCAGGAAACAGGCUUUUUUUGCCACCAUACCACCACAUUUGGCUUUAGAGGAAAGGGAGGAGAAACGGGUGGCUGGAUUAAACCUCCGAACACGAGCAAGGCUGCAUCCCAGAGGGAAGCCGCAUCCAGCUGCCCUGAAGACGACCGAAGCUGGGACAGCUGCUCAUCAGUGUGAAUGGCAGAGCUUAAUUCUCAGUUAUGCAUGUGCUGAAACUCUUUGGAAUUUUACUUCUCAUAAGCUCUGCAGAUCCAAGAAAACUUUUUUUUUUCACAAAGAUGUCACUAAACACAUUUAUCGACUUUAAAUUUUGCCAACAGGACCCAAAUUUGCUGCAGUUCAAGGAAAUCCCUGCAGGUAUGCACUUGCUGCAAAAAAUUACAACUAAAUCAGAAGAAUUGUUUCCUGGGACACAAAGCACUGAUGGAUAAAACAUGCUUAUUUUUUCAAUAGCUUUCGUGACUUUUAUGCUAUUUAAGUCAAUUUUCUAUAAAUGGAGUAAAAAAUCUGCCGAAUCAGGACUUUCCUUUUGUUCAUUUUGAAAUGUUUUGAAAUAAACAGGAAUAAGAUUCGAGUUUUCAUGACAUAAUCUUUCUCUACACCAAUAUUGUGGACAGAAUUAUCCACAAUAUAUCGAUACUUGGUUAUAUAUUGAUAUAUUGUGAUAUCAAUGAAAAUGCAAGGUGACUGAAAAUUUUGUUACAAUCUUCUAAAUUUUUACAAACUAAGAUGCCAACAUAAACCACAGAGCAGUGACGUCUGACAACGUUUGACUUAGACGUACCUAUUUGUGUACGUAAUGGGAGCAGAAAAAAGUGCAUUCCAUAAAGUGUUGUCUCAUAAUUCAGAUUGCCUGUGAGUAAGUGACAUCAUAACCAGGUGAAAACUCCAUUGUUUUGUAGGAAGCUGUUCAGUUUGGUGAGCCCAGUAAGAUCAGUAACAUCAUUAUAAUUCAUCCAAAGAUUAAUUUGAAAUGUAAUUUAAUAGAAAUUAUCAAUUUUAUAUGAAUACAUAAGCUAACGCGUGGCCACACCUUUAUUAUCUCAUUCCCAAGUGUAAGUAAUCUGUUGUCACGACAUCAGCUCCGAUUUUAACAUGAGUGCCCACAAUAUAAAGUAAAUGUGACCUCCAUCAGACUCCAAUAUAAAGAGUUUGCCACCUUAGAAUGAGCUGCAUGUGUAAAAGACGUGAUAUCAAACGUAGAACGUUGUGUUCACGCAAUCCUCCACCAGCAACGUUUGACUCACUUCAGUGACGUAAAAGUCAGAUGAAAGCAAUGCUUUUGUUUUGAAAAAAAAUGUUUAAAUUGCAUUGCAUUUUUACAUUUCAGACUGUUAUAAAAGUCAUUGUGCAUUCUAGUUGUCUUCAAAAUUUGUUUUCCAAAGGAAUCUUUGCAAGAAAUAACAAAGUAAACUAGUUUAUCUGAACAGUAAACACACAAGCUGCAGAUCUAUCUUAUCAAUAAUUACGAUGUUACGGUGGCAUUCAUGAAAAGUUGCAUCAAUAUGUUUGGUUUGUUAAUCAUCACCAAAAGUGGAUGGUGUUCUCAUGGUGCCCAUUUUUAACAAUAGGUUUGUGAUUUUCUAGUUGAUGCUGACAAAUUGGCUACUUUGAAGGCAUCCAUUUUUUCUGAGUCAGAGCAGCAGGAAUGCCAACCACCUGGUGAGGACAUCGCCUACUCUCGGACACUCAGAAUUAUGUGAAAACUUGAAAGCAACAUCAGAUGUGGGACAAAUACGGUAAAAAAAAGUAGCCUUUGGGUCACUUUUGCCUGCAUUGUGAAGAGGCUUCACAUUCAUUGGUAGACGUUUAUGUUGUUUACCCAGCUGGUCUGUCACUGUUUUUGUUGUGAUUUUUUGCAGCAGUCGUCUCUUUUGCAUCUUAGCUGUCAAAUACUCAAACAAAUUUUAUCCUUGCUCUUUAAUUCCUCCUUGACGAUGAGCGAUAUCUACCUCUCUACUUGACGAUGUCACAGUGGUGAUUGUCGGAGGCGGAUCUUUUAGUUUGAUGGAUGAAUAUGUAACACGUAUUUAUUGUCACCUGUCAGAGCCUGACGCCCAUGUGUCUCUGCAGUUGUACAGUUUUAUUUCAGUCAACAUGUUUCUCCCUAUUGUGUGCAUGAAAGUUUGUUUUUUUCACACCAAACAUCAUAUCUGGGAUUAUUUAAUGUGUAUCUAAAUCUAAAUGUUAUUCUCAGAUAUGAUUAUUUAACAGCCAGCUUUCAGAAAAUGUUUGUGUGUAAAGUCUACAUUUAUUAGUGCCAAACACCUGAUUAAAAUGUUUAUUUCCCUGCGAA